AUGUUUCUGAGAAGAGAUAACUUCGGCCGGUAUUGUGAUAAUCCGUUUCACGAAGUCCCUCUUUUAGACUGUGGUCUUAAAUAUGCUCAUAGUUUUUUUUUCUUUUUCUUUUUUUUCUUUCAUUCCUCCGAUGCUCUGUGUUACCAAAACCUAAUUAAACGAAGAGUUCCACCUGUUUCGACCGGCACCUUGCAGAACAGAGAAACAUCCGUAGUCGGAAUGGAAGCCAAGAGCGGGGAGGGGUUGGAGGCCAAUAAUUAUCUUGAUUUUCUUUAUCUAUCUAUCUAUCUAUCUAUCUAUCUAUCUAUCUAUUUAAGUAUGCACAGCCCUAUCUAUCUGUUCAAACAAACCACACUAUCUAUCUAUCUAUCUAUCUAUCUAUCUAUCUAUCUAUCUGUUCAGACAAAUCUAUCUAUCUAUCUAUCUAUCUAUCUAUCUAUCUAUCUAUCUAUCUAUCUAAGUAUGCUCAGCCCUAUCUAUCUGUUCAAACAAACCACACUAUCUAUCUAUCUAUCUAUCUAUAUUCAGAUCUAUCUGUUCAGACAAAUCUAUCUAUCUAUCUAUCUAUCUAUCUAUCUAUCUAUCUAUCUAUCUCAUUCUGGCCACAUAUCUUUCCAUAUAUCUCGAUCAGAAAAAUUAUAA